AUGGAGAUGGAAGAGAAGCAUGAGGACUACGAAGAUAUUGAAAGGGCUUCUGAUGGCUCUUCCGUUGGUGAUUCAGAUGAUGAUGAACCAUCAACAUCUGGACAGGAUGAUGAUUUAUAUCACGAGGAACCUCUAACUGAACAAGAAACCCAAGAGCUGAUCUCUGAGUUCCUGGAAGUUGAGAGUAAGGCUGCAGAGGCUCAAGAAGCACUCGAAAAGGAGAGUCUUGUUAAGGUGGAGAAUGAAGUAAGAGAGGAGUUGGCACAAACUCUUCAGGGCGAUGAUCUAGAGGCUACCGUGCAAGAUGAGAUGACUACUUUGAAGGAAGAAUGGGAAGCUGUUCUUGAUGAACUUGAGACUGAGAGUGCCCAUUUGUUGGAACAACUGGAUGGGGCUGGUAUUGAGCUACCAAGCCUUUACAAGUUGAUAGAAAGUCAAGCUCCUGAUGUAUGCUGCACAGAAGCUUGGAAGAAGAGGGCGCACUGGGUGGGAUCUCAUGUAACCACUGAGGUAAAGUCAUCUAUAGCUGAUGCUGAGAAGUACCUUCAGACCGUGAGGCCCGUGAAAAGACAUCAUGGCAAACUCUUGGAGGAGGGAGCUAGUGGGUUUAUGCAGAAAAAACUGGGUAAUAUUGACCGGAAAAAGGAUUUUGUAGCUGAAAAUGGAGAUUUGGAUUGGGUCACUGUUAACAAACUAUUUUCUGGUAAUAUGCCCGAUGGUGGUACCUCAUUUGGAAGUGACCAUUGGGCUUCUGUUUAUCUGGCAAACACACCUAAGGAGGCUUCUAUGAUGGGCCUCAAAUUUCCUGGGGUUGAUGAGGUUGAAGAGAUACAGGAAAUUGAUGGUGAUUCCGGUGAUCCAUUUGUAGCAGUUGCCAUAGCUAACGAAAUGGAGUUACCGCUGUCUGAAGAACAGCGGAAGAAUUAUAAGAAGGUCAAAGAAGUUGACGAUGCAAAGAUUGAAGAUCAGAAACUGCAACGUCACUUGAAGAAGAGGAGAUAUCGUAUGAGACAGAAAGAGAGUCAGAGUGUAUUUACUGAUGAGCUGAUGCCUAUGGAUGAUUCUUCUGACGUAAAAAUUGAAGAACAUGUACAGUGUGUGGGCAGCAAUCUUCAUGAUACAUCACACCAGAAGAAAGAAAUUUUAGAAGGUUCCAAAGCUUUGGAAAAUUUUGACAGGGAGCAAUUCUCAAGCAUCGGAAAGUCGGUUUCCUCCAUAUCUGCCUCUGAUGCCUCUGAAACUAUCAGGGCUAAGCGCUCAAAUGAGGAUGAUGAUCUAAACAUAAGUCAUAAGAAGAUUAGGGCUGGGUUUGGUAGUGAUGAUGACAUGAAUGUUGUGAAGGGCGAUUUGGUCAGUGAUGCAAUUAAAGUAGAGGAUCGAUCAGCUGUACAAAAUAAUGCAAAUGAUGCUACUGCUGAUAAUAAUCUUUCAGAGGCUCUGGAUCAGAGGUAUUCUUGUACUGCUUGUGAUAACAUUACUCCUGAAAUACUCUCACACCCGCUGUUGAGAGUGAUUGUUUGCAGGGAGUGCAAGUACUUGGUUGAAGAAAAGUUGCGCCUGAAGGGUCCUGAGUGCUAUUGUGGAUGGUGCGGAAAAAGCAAGGACUUAGUCAGCUGCAACUCAUGCAAGUUACUCUUCUGUAAAUAUUGUAUAACUAGGAAUAUCAGUGACGUGUGUCGUAUGGACUCCCUAGCUUCUGGGUGGCUGUGUUGCUGCUGCUCUCCAAGUUUGCUCGAUAGAUUGACAAGUGAACUGGAGAAAGCCAUUGGGUCUGUUGAUUCUAUGGUCACAAGCUCUGAUAGCGAUUCAGAGAACUCAGAUGCUGAUAUUGGUGUUAAAAUCAGUUCUAAGAGAAGGAAGAAAAAAGUGAUUCGAAGGAUCUUGGAUGAUGCUGAACUUGGAGAAGAGACAAAGAGGAAGAUUGCAAUAGAAAAGGAGCGCCAAGAGCAUUUGAAGUCUCUAAAAGUGCAGUUCUCUGACAAGUCCUCUGUGAUGAGUUCUACAACACUGCAUGGAACUCUACCUGAAGGUGCCAGUGUGGAAGUUCUUGGUGAUGCUACAACUGGAUAUGUGGUGAAUGUUGUUAGGGAAAAAGGUGAAGAAGCUGUUAGGAUUCCUCCAAGCAUUGCAGGCAAAUUGAAAGUUCAUCAGGUUGCUGGGAUAAGGUUUAUGUGGGAAAAUAUUAUACAAUCAAUUGGACGGGUGAAGUCUGGUGACAAGGGUCUGGGUUGUAUUUUAGCUCAUACAAUGGGCCUUGGUAAGACUUUCCAGGUUAUUGCUUUCCUAUACACUGCUAUGAGGAUUGUUGAUUUGGGACUGAAAACUGCCCUUAUUGUUACUCCUGUCAAUGUGCUUCAUAACUGGCGUAAGGAGUUCAUGAAGUGGAAGCCUUCUGAAGUUAAAGCCCUCCGUGUUUUCAUGUUGGAAGAUGUAUCGAGAGAAAGAAGAGGAGAAUUGCUUGCAAAGUGGAGAGUUAAGGGUGGUGUUUUCUUGAUCGGCUACACUGCUUUCCGGAACUUGUCCUUUGGAAGGCAUGUGAAGGAUCUCAACACUGCCAGAGAGAUGGCCUGUGCGUUACAGGAGGGACCUGAUAUACUUGUUUGUGAUGAAGCCCACAUGAUAAAGAAUGCUAGAGCUGAUACAACUCAAGCGUUGAAGCUUGUAAAAUGCCAGCGAAGGAUUGCACUAACUGGAUCACCUCUUCAGAACAAUCUAAUGGAGUAUUACUGUAUGGUUGACUUUGUGAGAGAAGGUUUCCUUGGAAGCAGCCAUGAGUUCAGAAACCGCUUCCAAAAUCCUAUAGAGAAUGGACAGCAUACCAAUUCAACCUCCGAUGACGUAAAAAUUAUGAACCAGCGGUCACAUAUCCUUUACGAACAGCUUAAAGGAUUUGUUCAAAGAAUGGACAUGGAUGUGGUUAAGAAAGAUCUGCCCCCUAAAACUGUCUUUGUGAUAGCUGUAAAGCUGUCACCAUUGCAGAGGAGGUUAUACAAGAAGUUCCUUGAGGUGCAUGGUUUCGCAAGUGAUAGCAUUUACAAUGAAAAGACAAAGAAGAGCUUCUUUGCUGGAUACCAAGCUUUGGCUCAGAUAUGGAAUCAUCCUGGGAUCUUGCAAUUGAGGAAAGACAGAGAUUAUGUCAGCCAUGAGGAUGUUAUCGAGAACGAUGACAACUCAAGUGAUGAAAAUGUGGAUUACAACAACAUUCUUGGAGAAAAGCCAAGAAAUGGCAAUGGUAAUCUGCAAGGAAAAAGUUCUCAUGGAUUUCUUGUGAAGGGUUGGUGGAAUGAGCUUCUAUCCAAAGAUGAUUACAAAGAUGCUAAUUUUGGGGGGAAAAUGGUUCUGCUGCUUGAAAUUCUUACCAUGUGUUCCUGUGUUGGGGAUAAAGUAUUGAUUUUUAGUCAGAGCAUACCGACGCUGGAUCUUAUUGAAUUCUAUCUUUCAAGGCUACCUCGACAUGGGAAGCUUGGAAAAUCCUGGAGAAAAGGAAAGGACUGGUACAGGCUAGAUGGGAGAACCGAGAGUGCUGAAAGGCAGAAGUUAGUAGAAAGGUUUAAUGACCCUGAGAAUAAUAGGGUCAAAUGUACCCUAAUAUCCACAAGAGCUGGGUCUCUAGGAAUAAAUCUUUAUGCUGCUAAUCGAGUGGUCAUUGUUGAUGGUUCCUGGAAUCCUACCUAUGAUCUGCAAGCCAUUUAUCGAGCGUGGAGGUAUGGCCAGAAGAAGCCAGUAUUUGCUUACAGGUUGAUGGCACAUGGAACCAUGGAAGAAAAAAUCUAUAAGCGGCAGGUGACGAAGGAAGGACUUGCUGCAAGGGUUGUUGAUAGACAACAAGUACACAGGACCAUCUCAAGAGAGGAAAUGUUGCAUCUAUUUGAAUUUGGGGAUGAGGAGAACCCCGACACCUUGAAUGAGAACGAUGAAGAGAACACAAGGGCAGGAGUUCCUGGGUGUUCGGUGAAGCAUAAAGUGUCGCUCUCCAAUGGAAGUUGCCCUUCUGACAAGGUCAUGGAGACCUUGCUUGGCAACCACCAUCCAAGGUGGGUUGCCAACUACCAUGAGCACGAGACGCUUCUGCAAGAGAACGAAGAGGAAAAGCUGACAAAAGAAGAGCAAGACAUGGCGUGGGAGGUAUACAGAAGAUCACUAGAAUGGGAGGAAGUACAGCGCGCUCCAAUUGACGAAACCACGUCGCAGCAGCAGCAGCAGAAGCCACCCUUGCCGCCCAAAGCAGCCCCUGCCCAACCCACCAAUGGGCGAACCACCUCAUCUGUUGCUGCAGCUGCUGUAAAACCACCUCGGCCGCUUGAAAAAGGUCAUGUAGAACUCUCCAAGAGCAUCCUGCGGAAUCGCCCAGCGCAACGGAAAUGCACGAGCAUCGCUCACUUGUUGACCCUCACAAGUCAGGGAACCAAGUUUGGGUGCACCACGGUGUGUGGAGAAUGUGCCAAGGAGAUAAAGUGGGAAGAUGUGAACAAGAAUGGCAAAAUGGCCAGGUGA